UUAUCUAGUGGCAGUGCCAAAGGCGGCAUUGCGUCUGUGGGCGGCCCAGCCGCUGCCGUGGCUCCGGGCCCGGGAGGGACUGUGCAGACCAUCGCUUCUCCAGUUGAGGGUGCCGCCGGCGGGGCAGCCGCGGGAACGGGAAGCGGAGGUGGGUUUAACAGGACAAUUCACGAGACGCCCGCGCAGGCUCCGCGAAGGACGACAUUGGAUUCCGGGUUUUUCGUCCCGAAAGCCACACCCAUCCAGCGCAAUCCGCAGGCCACACCGCCGGAGCAGCCAGGUGGCAACGUUCGUUCGCGAGCUGCAGGCAGCUGGAAUCCUUUUUUGUUCGGAGGACCGUCGAGCCAACUACCACAGCCACUGGGAUUAUUCUCCGCCACGGGCGGCGGUACUACGGGAGGGGCCAUACCGAAUGCUAUGCCAGGAGCAACUGCUGGCGCCGCUGCGAUUAUUUCGCACAGUCAAGGCAGUGGAGCUGCAGCUGCGGGCGAAACGGCAGCUGCCCCAGGGAUGAAUCUUGUAUCGGUGAACCAAAACCUAAACCAGCCACAGCCUGCAGAACAAGGAGGUACAAAUGCAGAAGCCGGAGGCACAAACAAUGUCAACCCUCCUGCUGGAGACGAGGCACCUCCUGCUGUGCCCCCGCCUAUGAUGGGCGUGUAUACCGCUCCGUCCGCUCCCCCCCUGACCGGCAGUGGUACGGGAUUCAGCGUCGCGAGCAGCGGAGGUGGUGGCCCCAACUCCAGCGCGGGGCCGUUGCCGUUGACGCCCACAGCUUCUGCCGGAAAGCUGUUCGGGGUGCACGAACUGUUGCCGGAUCAGCUCCACCACGAAGGUUCAGACGAGGACGACAGCUGCAGCUUCGGGCUGCCUAUGUCGGUCCGGACGCCCGCAUCCAUGACCGGGGGCGAAUUGCGCGGCCUCCGGAAGAGCAGGGUGCCUGGCGAGACGCUCGCCGGGAACAGAAAUAUGCUCAUGUCCUCCGGGAGAGGCACUAGCAACGUGCACGCGACAAAUGGGAGCGGCGGAGCAGCGCAGGAGAUGCCUUUGUUCUCAUCUGCCGGAGCAGUAAGAGCCGCGAACAAGGGUGGAAACGACAGUGGGGGAAGAUCUGGUCGAAAAAAUGAAAUGAUAAACCAAAACAGAGAGAAUCCAUUUCUGCAUGCAGCAAAUGCAGGAUCCGGAGAUUUGAUUCUAGCUCCCGCCCAUGUUGAAGAUGCCAACGCGAUACCUGGAACCAGCGGUGGCGGCGGUUCCUCUUCUUCUGCCUCGAGCGGCAUUUCACAAAGUUCCCUUCGCCGCGUACGAAGACGGGUUCAAGCGGCUUUCCGUGCGCAUUUGUUCCCAACCGCGAUUUUUCUAGCGGACAAAGUCUUCUCGCUGUCGCAGGAAAAAGACGUACUGAUUGAUGAUGUUGCUGUGGUUUUUGUGCUGUCAGUAGAGCUGAGUCAACAUGUGACUGCUCUAAUUUCGCUGUAAGAUACUCCGCAUGUGAAGAAAAAACUCAUUUUCACAACAGGAUUUGUUCACGCUUGCAGAGUGCCUUUUCCAGAACAAGGAGUUUGCCAGGGUGAUCUUUUUGCUGACGCACCGCCAUCCGGACGCCGCGAAGUCACAAGACCGGCUUCGGUAAAAUGCAGUUGCUGCUGACGAUUACAAAUGCACAAUUUUAAGUAGGCUUGUGGCGUCCACCACCACCUCCAGCAGCGUGUUGAGUAGAUUCAGCGGCAAGUAGUUGAAAUGAUGAUCCUCAUAAAAAUGAAUUCGCACUCACAAACUACCAGGCUCCUCGUCGUUCAGAGCUACCUGGAGGCCGGCGAGUUCGAGGAAGCCCUUCGCUAUCUCGACGAACAUUGCCUGCCUUCCGGCAUCGGCAUCGAACAAUUCGAGCGUGGCGACAACCGGGCGGUUUUUGCGUACCUGAAGGGGCGCGUCUUCGAGCACUUUGAGAACCGGGAAAGCGCGGUGAACUGCUACAAGCUCGCGGUCCAGUAUGAUCCGUUUCUUUACGAAGCGAGCUCACGGUUGCUGGGCACCGGGCUGCUUUCCAGCACGGAAGAGGAGCGGUUUUUAAACAAACUGCAGCUAGAACCGGAAGAUGAGUGGAUGCGGGUCAUUUACCGUGCGAAAAGCAGCUCGUCGAGCGUGUCCUACUGUGUGCCACUGCAUGAACAACAACACGGUGGGACAAGCAAUUCCGAUUGCGAGGGCAACAAUUCUUCGCUGUCCACGUUCAGCAAGCAGAGCACUUUCACGGCCGAGCACAUUCUGAAGCGCAAACCCGGUAUCGCACAGCGCCGAAGACGCGGUCCGCGGCAAAAGCGGCAGCGCUUGUCGCUGCAACCGCUGGAGGACUGCAAGAAGGAGGAGCCACUCGUUGGUUUACCAGAGCGACUGCACACGAACGCAUACGUGCUCGGAACCGUCGCAGAAAAGUACUUCCAGCAGGUAAGUCGAUAUUAUGCAAAGUAUAGUAAGUAUUUAAUCGUAAUGCUGUAUCUCUAUCUGCUCUACAUAAGCAUUAGCAUAGCGAAAAAACCUUCUAGGUGGCCUUCUUGGUGCUUUCGAUCUGUGAGUGACAUAGUGCAAAAAUUUUGUUUAACUCGCACUGCCACUGCAGUGUCUCAUCUACUUCCUUUCCCAUUUCCGCAUCUAGGGCGACUACACCUCGAGUUACGUGGUUUCGAAGUCUAUUCUCGAACGGGACCCGUACGAGCUGGAAGUGCUUCCCUGUCACAUCGCCUCCCUGCUGAUGACGGAGAACAAGACGUUGGUUUUCUACAUCGCGCACCAGUUAAUCAAUGCCUACCCGCAAUACGCGGUCGCCUGGUUCGCCGCCGGCUGCUACUACUACCUCUCGAAACGCUACGACGCAGCCCGGAAAUUCUUUGGCAAAGCCACACUGCUGGACCACAAUUUUACGCCGGCGUGGAUCGCGUAUAGCAAAAUCAAAUAUUUGCAACUUUUUUCAAUACAACUAGAACUAGCCACGUUUCAGAAGUAGUUAUUUCUUGCAGAGGAUAACCUGAAACGAUGAGCCGCGUACUAGCGCGUCAUUCGCUCGUAGCGACGAUGACGCAACGUAGUGGGUCGUGGGAUCCAGUCGUGAUUUAUUGUUUGAAUCAAACUAGGUACGGCCAUUCCUUUUCCCUGCAGGAAGAAAGCGACCAGGCGCUUGCGGCGUACCGCACGGCCUCGAGACUUUUUCCCGGAUCGCACGUUCCUUGGUUGUACUUGGGGAUGGAAUACCUCCGGUCCUCCAACUUCAUUCUAGCGCAGCAGGCGCUGCACAUGGGCCUCACCAUAGCGCCGAAAGAUCCAAAUCUGCUGAACGAGAUGGCUGUCUGUGCCUUCGAGCGGCACGAAUACACGUACAUAGGAAACAGAAGUGUUUUUUUCGUCUAGUCAUAUAGUAGAAUGAGCAAAUAAAGCGAACCCAUGCACUAGUAUCUAUGCAAGGCGCGUCGCAAGAACUCGAAAGAUUCAGAUUGACUUUUUGAACUACAGUCUCAAAGCCAUUGACGUCGUACUGUAUCACAGCCACGCCGUUGCUUUUCUGGAGCGUGUGCAGGAGCUUGGCGGCGUCGCGCAGGACGGCAGUCUCGACGCAUUUUUGGAAAACCUGGCGCACGCGUACCUGAAGUGCCAGGAAUACGAAAAAGCGUUGGAUUUCUUCCACCAAGCCUUGGCGGCCUCGAACCAGGGCUCCGCGUCGGCGCACUGUGGCGUCGGGUUCGUCCGGCACAUCAACCGCGAACUGCACGCGGCGGUGGAAUCUUACCACCGGGCGCUGGCUCUACAGCCUGACGAUCCCUUUGCGCAAGAGAUGUUGGGCUACGCGAUUCAGGAAUGCGUGGCCGAGCCGGACAACGACGCGUUGCUACUGCUGUAGAAGUAGAGUCGCAAUUGUUCAACCUUUACUUUUUGCAGCACUUCGUUCUUGCGGCUACUGCAUAUGCAUUCGCAGUGUACAAACACAUAAAAGCAAAAAGAUGAAGGCCAACAAAUCAUUCAUUGAGACGAGCGAUUCAUUUACAGACGCC